AUGAGAAGGAAAGAGAAGCUUCUACAUGGGUUAGGAAGAUCUUCUCCGAUAUUUGGCAGAAUUCUUAAGAUCUGGGAAAACUUGAGGAAUAGGGAUUCGAGGUGGGCCCCAAAAAAUCGCGGUGGGGGGAAAUCUCGCCUCGCGGGCAGGUCUAGGAAAAAAGAAGAAGGUGAGAAUGUGGCGUGCUCUAGCUCAAGUUUGAAUCUUGAUUCGGGUUCUUGCUAUGUGAAUGGAGAAGAGUCGGGUUCUGUUGGUGGGUCGGGUUUGGGUAUGAAUGUUGGUCCGGAUAAUGGCGAAACUGAGGGCUGCGAAGCAACUGAAGAAUUGGGUUCGGGUAAUGAAGAUGAUGCUCUCAGUAGAUUAAAAGAGCUGAGCUUUAGUGUGGAGCCCGAGUUGGAGGAGUUGCUGGCCGUCAAUAGACUGUUGCAGGAGGAUGAGCUUUUAGCUAUGGAAUCUAUUUAUGGAGAAAAAAUUCUCAUUCUAGAAAACGAAAGUGGCUUGAAGUGUUUCCAGGUUCAUAUUCAAGUUCAAGUGCCCCAAGAACUCAGCAUCACCACAAAGUUUGAGUCUUUCGGUUUUUCCGAAAAGACGAAUGAAGAUGAAUCUGAUAUCUCAUACUCAUUUCAAGUGGAAUAUCUCCCACCAAUCUUAUUGAGUUGUUUAUUACCUAAGUCAUACCCAAGCAAAUCUGCCCCUCACUUCACAAUACAUGUCCAGUGGCUAAGACAUAGUAACAUCUCUCGUCUUUGCAGCAUGCUCGAUUUGAUUUGGGCCGAAAAUCCCGGGCAAGAAGUGACAUACCAAUGGGUCGAGUGGUUGCGUAAUUGUACUCUCUCAUAUCUUGGUUUUGAUAGUGAGUUACUUCUUGGACCUUAUGGUGUAAGUCAUGAUAGUAAUUGUGGAAAAGAAGAGCGGAGGGCAAUUUCGGGAAGUUUUUCGUCUGAUACUGAUAUUCCUACUAUUAAGAGAUACAAUGAUGAACAGAAGUACGAGAGUUUUUGCAGAGAUAUUCAAGAAUGCAGCAUUUGUCUCAGCGAAUUUGCUGGUUCGGAGUUCAUUAUGCUGCCAUGUCAGCAUUUCUUUUGCGAGAAAUGCUUGAAGGCUUUUACCAACAUUCAUGUAAAAGAUGGAACAGUAUUCAAGAUAAAAUGCCCGGAAGCUAAAUGUGAUGGCACAUUGCAUCCCAGUUUGAUUAAAAGGCUAUUGGGCGAAAAGGAAUUUGAUCGAUGGGAAUCUUUGGUAUUACGAAAAGCACUGGAUUCCAUGAAAGAUGACGUGUACUGCCCACGAUGUGAAAUGGCCUGUGUGAAGGAUAAGGAUGAGCAUGCAUUAUGCUCAAAGUGUUAUUACAGCUUCUGUACACUCUGCAUGGAUAAACGACAUGUUGGUGAAGCUUGCACGACACCUGAAUUGAAGUUAAAGAUGCUCGAGGUUGGGGAUGAUAAUAACCUGCGGUGUUGGGCAUGCCAUAGACAAUUUUGCUGCUUGUGUGGAGAUAUGGUGAUUGAUAGCUCAGAGCAUUUUGGUGAUUAUGGUUGCAAGCAGCAUACAUUUGAAUAG